AGCGCCAAUUCCGCUCUCUUCCUUGAGUGAGUGCCGGUUGACAAGAUAGUCAUGGACAGCAGCUGGGACAAGAAUCAUCUCUUCGCCGCUGCCUCAUCACGAUCGUCAGUAGCAGCUGCUGCUGAUGCUGCUGGUGACGACGACCGGCCGCAAGCAUCGUCCAGCAGCAGCAGCGGCAGCAGCUCGAAGCCAAACAAUCCAGCAGCCAAUGUCGGUGUGAGCGCGCCGCUCUCCCUAACCAUUCUGGACAGCCAGCUGCAUCCCAUGCUGCGGGAGGAGGACGGCCUUCUCUCUGUUCCACAUCCCCUGCCCCUCUCAACACAGCAGCGGCAGAGCAAACUGGUGGCCCACAGGAACGCCUGUGAGGCGGCGGCAAUGAGUGCCGCCGUCGGUGACCCAUCUGACGGUUCCAGGGCGGCGAGAGCGCCCAUCAAUCGGCGCAGGAAGACGGUGCUGAGCACGUCGCUGCGACGGGCUGGUGGUGCUGGUAGCGGUGGGUCGGCGUGUUUUGCCAGGGGGUACUAUCAUCAUCAUCAUGACCGUCAUCACGAUGGCGAGAUGGAUGGGAUGGAUGUCUGUGCGGCCAGUGGGGGUGUUGGUGAUGGUGAUGGUGAGGGCGGUGUUUGCGAGAACGGUCGGCUGCGUAGGCUGGAGCGUGUGGCGGCGCUGAGGGACGGUGGCGAGAAGGGUGGUGGUGGCGAGAAGCUGCACCGAGUGCCGCCCAGGGGGCUGGCGGCCAUCUUGAGGAAGGACGACAGGCACGACACACUGGUACGACAGACACACACUGAUAUGACAGCAAAUCGGCAAGUCAACCACGCACUCACGGCGGGCAUGUGUGUGUGGGUGCCUUUGUUGUGUUGGCAGUGGCCGUGGCUGCGUGUGGGCAGGGAUCCUCAGGUAUGCAUCUGCCGCGGAAGACGCACACACACACACACACACACACACACCAGACACACACACACACAAAAGAAAACCGAUUUUCUGUCCUUCUGUCGUCAACAACCAGGGCAUCCCGUGGGAGAGCCUGACUUCCCAGACCCGCUCAGACUACCGCCGGCAGCGGCUGCAGCAGUACCAGCAGCAGCACGGCCUCCUGCACACCACCGCCACCCAUGGCAACCCCGACGAUGACGACGACGACCCCGACUACCAUGACAGCCCCUCGCAGACAGACAGCGACGAGGGCCCAUCAGAGUCGGGUUGGGGAGAUGGCGGCGACAAUGAUGAGGACACACCCAUGACGCCGAGUGAGCAUGGUGGUGGAGGUGAGGGUCACCACACGCCCCAGCAUCACCAGCAGCAGCAGCAGCAGCAUGGUCAGCAUGGUGGGGGUGGUGGAGGGUUGACACACGGUGCUGGUGCUGGCGGUGGUUUUGGCGCUUUGUAUGGCGGCCCCCAGAAUGAAGGCACACAGGAGGAAAAUGCAAGACGGCUCAGGUAUGGAUGGGGGCACACACAUGGGCGUGUGUGUUUCAUGGUGCUGUGUUGUGUGUGUCAGAGCGAUAUCGCUGUGUCGUCCGGUGCGUUCGAACCAGCACUAUGCUGAGCUGGCGAGGUGCUAUGCCGCCGUGCAGCCCGCCAUCAUGCACUUCCAGGUCACACAAUCACACACACACACACACACGCAGGCACACACACGAGAGCAUGGCUGUGUGUUUGAUGCAGCUGCGCCACUUGCUGUCGUGCGGCUCUUCACGCCACGAGGUGUACUACGUCGGCAACAGAGACCGGACCACACUCACAUCCUACAACCUUCUCAGCGGACUGUAAAUAAUGACUGACGCACGCCCACACACCAAACCACACACCAAACCACAUGUGUUGAGCCUACCAUGUGUUGAUGUGACGUGUGCAGGAAGGGUGUGAUCCAUUCUUCCCCCGACGGGAACCCCUUCACGUGCUGCGACGUGCGGCACGGGCUGGCCGUCACGGGAUCCAUGAACUCCCGACUCAUGGUGCCGAUGGAUGGCGAUGGGACAGGGGGAUCUUGAUUUGAUCUCUCUGUGUGUGCGCGGUUGGUGUGUGUAGGUGUCGUCCCUGCGCGGCGCCAAUGGCCAUCCUGUUCACCAGCUGGUGCGCGCGAAGACCACAACACAUUCUGACCGACAAGGGUUCAUUCAUCGAGAGAAACUGUUUGUGUGUGGUGAUUGUCCGUGCAUCCCCCCGACAGCUGACGUCUCGCCGCACAAGCGACACGCUUGACGACAUCACCAACUACGUGUCCGUCAUCCUCUCGCUCACCGGUGUGUGCGCCCCGGCCUCCCUCUCGCUCUCCUGUGUCUCUCUAUGGGGUCCGUAUGUAUGUGUGUGUGUCUCUCAGGGAUGCCCCGUGUGUUGGCCUGCAACAACGACGCCUCCAUCAAGGAGUUCGACCCAGAGACCGCUCGUGUGGUCAACAGCUACCACCUAGAAUGGGCCGUAAGCACACACACACACACACACAGAGGGAGAGGGAGGCAGCGUGUGUGUGUGGUUGUGUGCAGGUGAAUCAGGCGUCGGUAUCGGUGGACGGCAAGAUGGUGUGUGUGGUUGGGGACGACAAGGCCGUGGUGAUGCUCGAGAGGGAGACGGGCGACCGCAUCGCCACACUCCACGGACACUGCGACCACGGCUUCGCCAGCGACUUCCACUGCGAUGGCCGCCUCUGCGCUACGGGUACGUCUGCAUCUCUCUGUUGUGUUGUGUGUGCAUCUCUCUCUCUCUCUCGGGGUGUGUGUGUGUGUGUGUCAGGUAACCAGGACAACACGUGCCGCGUGUGGGAUCUGCGUCACCUUCGUCGGAGCGUCAAGGUGCUGGGGUCGCAGAUGGGCCCCGUGAGGUCAAUCCAAUUCUCGCCAGACGGCAGCCUGCUGGUCAGUCUGCAAACCUCCCUCCCUCCCCCUCUCAAUCUCGGUGUGUGUGUGCCUCUCUCUUUCUCUCUCUCUCUCUCUCUCUGUGUGUGUGUGUGUGUGAUCAGUCGUGUGCCGAGCCGAUGGAUUUGGUUCAGCUGUACGACGUGAGGUCUGGCUUCACGCACCACCAGCAACUCGACUUCUUCGGCUCCAUCGCCGGUACGUACGGGGGUGUCUGUCUAUCCCUUUGUGUGUGUGUGUAUGUGGGUAUGUUGGUGUUUGUGUGCAGGCCUGUGUUUCUCCCACGACAGCUCGACGCUUUUCACUGGUCAGGGGGCGGGGCGGGGUGUGGUCUGGUGUGGUGGGCACGUGUGUGAGAGUGGUGUGUGGUGUAUAUGUGUGUGUGUGUGUGUGGUGUGUGUGCAGCUGUGCAGGACAGCUCAUUUGGGGGGCUGCUCGAGUAUAGACUCUUGACCUGACUGAUGGACAGACAAGAGCCAUGAAGCUCAUGACUGAUACAGGC